AUGGAGAAGCAAACGAAAGGAGGGGCAACCGCUGUUGCUACUGAAGCCGACAGCAGCUGCCAUGGGAGCACUGGUCACUGUGGAUGCUGUUGGUACCUCAAUGUGGCAGCACACCAGUCGUUUGUACAACAGCAGUUGCAGAGAGGUUUAAGACUGCUUACCCUCUCCACUUGUGUGGACGAGAUACCACGUAUCUGUGCCGAUGGAGGUUUUACUGGUGCACUUCACACACCUUUUAUGGAACUGGUGCAGCAGCAGCAGUCCAUGAUCAGUGGAGUGUACUGGACGCUAUGCUGUCUUGCUCUACUACAGCCGUCAGCUGCAACAGAGCUGUCAAGGGCGGCUCCGUUGCCCGUUCCUCACGAAGUGAAGAUGGCGCUCCUUCACAAAGCUAUCCGCCCGUGUUUUCGCAGAAGACAGUGCUCAGGCUGGUUUCCAGCGGCAACUGACGCUUGUUCUUUCCCCAGUGUAACGUCGAAAAUGCCGCCAGACGCCACGCCGGAGAGAAAGAGAAUGCGACGAAAACGGGAAGGAGGAGCUGAAACGAGCCCAUCGACAGAAGUAGCGCCGUCUGGAGAAGCCACUCUGCUACCUGCACGUGCAGAUACAGCGUUCACAACUACAAACCAUCAUGUAUCCUGCAGCAAGGCAGUUCUUGGCUUCAGCAGCGGUCCGGCAGAGGAGGCGGUUGCUACGGCUCUGUGUACCUGCAGCGGCCUACAGGCGCUGGCCCUGCUAGGAGCUCUAUCUUCGUUAUCUUCAGAGGCCCUGAAACAGCUGCGACGUUUCCUGUUGCUUCUUCAGCGAAGAGAAGAUGGCGCCUUCGCCAACACCCUCCAUCCUAGUUGUUGGGGCAGCUUCUGCGCGGACUGCAGUAAGCUACGGCCACUAGGAAAAGCGUCAGCAACAGGGGAGGAGAUAUGGGAGAACGAAGGAGACGUCCGAUGCACUUUCUGCUGUCUCCUCAGUCUAAAGCUAAUACAUGCCGCUGCCAAAGCUCAGCGCCAGACAGGCCCUGCUAGUUCCCCUCAGAGUUCUACAUCGAAGCCGUCUGCGGCUGCACGUGAACGUCGAGGAUCGUAUAAAGAUGAAGUAGCUGCCCUGCCGGCUAGUGCAAAGCAUGCUUCGUGCCUUGAGGGAUAUAGAGAACCCGAAGGGAUUUCUGUUGACUCAAUGGAGAAGCUUUUCCAUGAUGCAUCCUGGGAAGCUUUUAUGUGUAAUCCGUUUGCUGGCGUCCACGUUGAUGCAACAGUCUCCUGGCUGACGUCUCUCAUAGCGGUCGACGGUGGUGUAGGUGUCUCCCCUGGGGCGGAUCCACACGCAGGCGCCGCUUUCUGCCUCGUUGGUUGUUUGUCUCUCUUAGGCAAAAGGCAUGCUUUAGGCGCCAACGAGCAGAGGAGGCUGGAGCGGUGGCUGAGAGAGCGGCAGCUACCCGAGGGGUCUUUGCAAGGCCGCCCUGGAAAGAAAGGUGACAGCUGCUACACGUUUUGGGUGACUGCUGCGUUACUCCUGAUGGGCAAGCAACCGCUAAAGCUGCUACAGGCAAGUGCUCUCGCUGACUAUGUGGCUGCUGCGCAGCAUCCGUUGGGAGGCAUAUCGCGGGUCGCUGUAUUGAAGGGAGCAACAGCGGAUGGCUCUCGCGGUCCUGCUUCGACCUCUAGCAAUGACAAGGGAAUCCAAGAAACAACAAAACAAGAAAGUGGCGAAAAAGGAAACGGCACAUGCAACCCGUUGAGGUUACUGCAUGUUGGCGCACUGGACUUAACUGACGAGCAGAUGCGGUUUCCCGACCCUUUCCAUACCUUCUUUGCCUUAGCAGGCCUUUCCUUGCUGGCGAACAGCGGAGACACGGAUAUGCGGCAGCAGGAUCAGCGGUGGCGGAUGCAGUCAGAGCAACAACAAGAGCAGCAGCAUAAGGGACAGGGAUGGCAGGAGACUUGUAAGAGGCUUUUACAGCCCCUGGACCCUGAAACUGCCUUGCCACUGCAACUGGCGGAGAAUAUAGUUUCUUUUGCUGGCAAAAACAGCUAA